UAUUUCCAAAGUUGUAGAUUUUUUUUUAAUUUCCAGAAAACAAAAUAGGAUUUUGAUUAUAGAAGAUAAAUGUUUUUAGUUCGCCUAGAAGGGGAAGUAAUUUUUAAUACUCUAUUUGCACAGCACUGUCCAGGCCCAACCUGUUUACCAAUUAUUAUACAUCAAAGUUUACCAAUUAUUACACAUGAAUUUGCACAGGUCCUUUGAUGAAAUGUGUAAUGGCAGCAUAAUGGACCAGUAAAAGCUGGAACAGGAGGAUACCAAAAAAAGGCAAGAGCAAGUCAAGCAAUAAUGGGGAGCUGGACACUACUCUUAAGAGCAAAAUCACCUGUUUCAUAUUUUAAAUGACGAAAAAAUAUGUUUUGCCCAUGUGAAUCAAUAACACAAACGCAUCAUCUGACCUACUUAAUAUAGUGCCCCAGAGAGCUUGUUGGGGGCAGGAUGUCUACUGGCUGACCUAUCACCCUUAGAGAUCUAACAAUUGUGGUGUAAGGGCAAGGAUUGUUAUUAAGCAGUCUUAGCCCAAAGGCAGCAUCCUUCCUUGCUAGAGAGAAAGGGCACUUUGGCCCCUGGAAAGACAGAGGCAAGCAGCAGCAUCGGAGACACUGCUCCCAGUCAGGACUCAACGUCAGGGACAGAAGUGUUUCUGAGUGGAUUAGGAAAGGUGUUCAUCAGAACAAACACCAUGGCAGAGUAUGAUCACUAUGAAGAUGAUGGGUUCCUCAACAGUUUCAAUGACAGCAGCCAGGAGGAGCAUCAAGACUUCCUGCAGUUCAGGAAGGUCUUUCUGCCCUGCAUGUACCUGGUGGUGUUUGUCUGUGGCCUGGUGGGGAACUCCCUGGUGCUGGUCAUAUCCAUCUUCUACCAUAAGCUGCAGAGCCUGACGGACGUGUUCCUGGUGAACCUACCCCUGGCUGACCUGGUGUUUGUCUGCACUCUGCCCUUCUGGGCCUAUGCAGGCAUCCAUGAAUGGAUCUUUGGCCAGGUCAUGUGCAAGACCCUACUGGGCGUCUACACUAUUAACUUCUACACAUCCAUGCUCAUCCUCACCUGCAUCACUGUGGAUCGUUUCAUUGUAGUGGUUAAGGCCACCAAGGCCUACAACCAGCAAGCCAAGAGGAUGACUUGGGGCAAGGUCAUCUGCUUGCUCAUCUGGGUGAUAUCCCUGCUGGUUUCCUUGCCCCAAAUUAUCUAUGGCAAUGUCUUUAAUCUGGACAAGCUCAUAUGUGGUUAUCAUGACGAGGAGAUUUCCACUGUGGUUCUUGCCACCCAGAUGACACUGGGGUUCUUCUUGCCACUGCUCGCCAUGAUUGUCUGCUAUUCAGUCAUAAUCAAAACACUGCUUCAUGCUGGAGGCUUCCAGAAGCACAGAUCUCUAAAGAUCAUCUUCCUUGUGAUGGCUGUGUUCCUGCUGACCCAGACACCCUUCAACCUCGUGAAGCUCAUCCGCAGCACACACUGGGAGUACUAUGCCAUGACCAGCUUUCACUACACCAUCAUAGUGACAGAGGCCAUCGCAUACCUGAGGGCCUGCCUUAACCCUGUGCUCUAUGCCUUUGUCAGCCUGAAGUUUCGAAAGAACUUCUGGAAACUUGUGAAGGACAUUGGCUGUCUCCCUUACCUUGGGGUCUCACAUCAAUGGAAAUCUUCUGAGGACAAUUCCAAGACUUUUUCUGCCUCCCACAAUGUGGAGGCCACCAGCAUGUUCCAGCUAUAGGCCUUGCCAGCAUUUCGAGAAGCUGCUCUGGAAUUUGCAAGGCAUGGUUGUGUCCUCUUGAUGUGGUGAGGCAGGCUUUGUUUAUAGUUUGCGCAUUCUCAUGGAGAAGUUAUCAGACACUCUGACUGGUUUGGAAUGCUUCUUCUCAGGCAUGAACAUGUACUGUUCUCUUCUUGAACACUCAUGCCGAAAGCCCAAGUAGGGGGUCUAAAGUUUUUAAGGACUUUCCUUCCUCCAUCUCCAAGAAUGCUGAAAUCAAGGGGGAUGACAUGUGACUUCUAUGAUCUCAGGUUCUCCUUGAUUCGGACUGGGGCUGAAGGUUGAAGAGGUGAGCACAGCCCACAAAGCUGUUGGUGGUAGGUAGCACGCUGGGUGCCCAAGCUCAGAAGGCUCUUCUGACUACUGGGCAAACAGUGGAGAUCAGAGCAGCCAUGAAAACAAAUGCUGGCACCUAACAGAAAUGAGAUCAGGCUCUGCCUCACCUUGACUUUUGUAUAGGCAGAUGUUCAAAUUGCUUUGAUUAAUCCAGAAUAACUAGCACCAGGGACUAUGAAUGGGCAAAAUCAAAUUAGAAUAGGCUGAGGAUUCCAGUGGUCCAUGGAAUGCUUGAAAAAUGUGCAAAACAGCAUUUAAGACUGUAAUGAAUCUAAGCAGCAUUUCUGAAGUGGACUCUUUGGUGGCUUUGCUCAUUUAAAAAUGAAAUUUUCCAAUGUCUGCCAUAUAAACAUAUGUAAAUGUAUAUACACACACAUACACACAUAUGCUAUAUAUUACUAGCAUAUGAGUUUCAUAGCUAAGAAAUAAAACUUUUAAAGUCUCCAAA